GACCAAAGUGGUGACUAUCAUUGCUAUUCCUAGAGCCAUGCUGCUAGCGUGGCUAAAAAUCUACACCGUGGGUUUCUUAACUGAAACGAAAAUAUAAGCCUCGUUUAGAGACGAUUCUGAUAUAGACAGACGGAAAACAUGCCAAUGUAAUGAAAACCUGUCAGUCAAUAUGGAUUGGUUCCAACUGGUGUCUUGAUUUUUGCUGGAUGGGCAACAUUUUUGUUUAGAUUUGGGUUACGGAUUGUUCCUUUAACAUUACAAUGAGAAAACUUUCAAAUGAUGCAAUAGACGCACGUUCUUGAAAACUACCUUGGCAAAAACUGGUGCCUACCUACCUGUUGGCAGUUAGCACUGGAGCCCAUCAGCAUCCCAGGAGGGCUGUAGAAAAGAUGGAGCAGCCUGCUAAGUGUUCUCCCUCUGAAAGUGGAGGCCCUCUGUAACUGCACUUCUAUAGAGAUGAGGAGAGUUUAGCAGACUGUUUUUGGCCGCUCUUCCUCAUUCCAGUGAUUCCUCAGUGCCUAUGGGCAUUGGCACAGAGCGAGGGGUGGAGGGAGAGAGGGCUGAGGCUUAGACCCCGCUUUACAGGUCAGCCACUGCCCCAGGUGCACAUGGGGAAACACUUAGCCGCUCUCUCAGUAUUUCAUAUCUCCCUCUAUCUCUGUCACAGAUUUUUUCGCUUUCUUUCUUUUAUCCCUUUCUUUCUCCACGAACCCCCCACCCAGCGCCGCUGUUCUCAUUCCACAUACAAUAUCACGCACAUGGCUAUGUUUAUUUGUGCGUAAAUGAGUGUUAAGAUCAUUAGCUACACUGUGGUCUGCACUCGCCGUAUCCUCAGCGCCUGAGAAGUGCAGUUUCUCUGUGAUACCCGUGUUUUAUUCCUGUACUAGACGUUAUUCCUUGAUUCUGAGCGCAUGUACUGGCUAACUGUGUUUCCCCCUGAACCGAAAACCCAGACCUGGUACACUCAUCAAACAUCAGUUGUCUUUGGCAGCUGCUGUGACAUUACUUUACCUGGUCAAGAAAAGAGAAAGUUAUUCUACACCGGCUGUAAAUUACAACUAUGGGACUUUUUGUAAGGCUUUUGGCUCCCAGCGGAGACCAUUUUUGAGGCAAACACGGCUGUUUUUCUGUUGCACACCGGUCCUCAUAAAUCUCCCAAAAUUAUAGCCUCCUUCCAUUUUUUUUAUGUAGCUUAAUAUAAGGCUGGAAAUCAAUCUUCCAAAUGAAGACUGAAUAUGCCUGUGCACCAUCAGUCAGUCCACAGCUUUGUACCUCUCACUGAUAAUACCAGCCGGCUUGAAAUCGGCUCUCCUGCACUGAAGGAAAGAACAGAGAGCUCUAGUUGAAAACUGACUGAGAGAAAUAUUUAACUCUUCAGGUAGGCGACCAGAGUUUUACUCUCAGCCCAAAUUCUUGUACAGCAGAGCAAAGAUAAACUGGCCGGUGUUAGGACACCGUGCCCAUAGGCCAGCGAGAGUGCGACUCAGGUGUGACUGAGCUGUGAUGUGACCCUGCCCUGCUAAUCCCGUUGCUGAUGAGGAGAUGACUCAUGUCACGUCAAGUCCAGUCACAUCUCAGCUGCUGGCGCUCAUGGGGACAGCAUGUCGGACUGCCUGCAGCCAAGGUGGGACUUGAUCAAGACAGGAACAACUGCCACGUCACACUCUUAAUAGUCACUGGCUUAUACGCUGCUGUAACAAGGGUGCGACCUGACCUGCGGCCUAAUCACCGGUGUGAACAGCCACAGGGUAUGGUCCAAAAUGCUAACCAGGCAGGGACGCAUCACUAAGAUGGACUCGUAUCCAGGUUGAAAUUUGAAUAAACAGUGGCGGGAGUUAAGAGUUUAUCAUAAUCUUAAAAAGCAAGUUAAGUGUCAACAGCCGUCACAUAGGGACAACAUUACUUUGCUCUUUAUUACUGUCCAUUUACCAGCUAUCGCUACAGAAAGUGAAAGCGUUUUUACAAGUUGUCAGAAAGCUGCUCUUGUGGCGGUAUGUCAUCUCAGUAUAUCCCCUCCUUUUCCCUCAAUAUAUCUUCUGUCUCCUGGCUUUUUCCCCCCGCUCUCUGCCUCUCGCCCCACCCUCCUCUCUCCGCAUAUGGGAUUCACAUUUGGCUUCGCUGAACAUUUGCUUAAUGUGAUAUUAUGAUACAUUAUCUGAAGACAUUCACUCCCUGUCACCACCUCUCAUGUGGACACAAGCUGAGUAAGCCAAGGAGAGGCAGUCAGAUUCUGUCCAGGUGAGUUAUGACCAUUUAAUUUGACACUGUUCGCAGUGGUGAUCGUUUACAAUGCCUGAAAGUGUAAUCAAAAUACAAACUGUGCUUACGUGGGUCUCUCGCUCUCUUUCUCUCUAGGAGCCUGUUGGUGAUGUAUACGUUUUCACCCUCUCCUGCUGCCGGCUGUAAAUCGCCUCUGUCGAAGAUGUGUGUGUGCAUGUGUGAGGGAACAGAAGGUGAGAAAUUUGGGGGUCAGCCGAGGUCUUUCAGGUGGAGGAUAUCCCAGCAUCACAAUCUCAACUGCAUUAACUGCACUUACAACACAGAUGUCCCCAUCAAGAGAAGAUUGCUGAGACUGUGGUGGAUCCAGACAGCGGGGGAUGGAGCGGCCCGACAAAGCAACCCUCCUGCUACCUUUCUCCGUACAACUCGCUGACCUUGAACCUCCACUGUACUAGCAGGAAUAAUAGAGAGACAAAGACACUCCUCUCUGUGAGACCCUGAAAUACAAUUUGGGUGAGAGGCAGACAGAACUGUGAGAAAGAUAGUAAGAAAGAGAAAUAAAAGGAAACACAGGGAGACAACGUGACCUGAUCCCGUGAGGAUCGAGAGCCUCAGGGUGGUCCGAUCAUGAAACCUUCUAUCUCUGUGGGCCCCCCUUCUGGCCUGCUGCUGGUCCUGAUGUGCUGCCCCCUGCUGGGCUUGGUCCAGUCUGCCAGCAGCAACAAGGCUGGCGAUAACGGACACCCACACCUGGGAGACAGUGACCCAGAGCGCUGCAUGAGGCACCACUUUGUGGAGACCAUCACACACCCGAUUUAUAAGUGCAACUCCAAGAUGGUGUUGCUGGCGCGCUGCGAGGGCCACUGCAGCCACACGACCCGCUCCGACCCCCUCAUCUCCUUCAGCUCGGUGCUCAAACAGCCCUUCAAGAGCACCUGCUCCUGCUGCCGGCCGCACACCUCCAAGCUGAAGGCGGUGAGGCUGCGCUGCGCCGGCGGGACUCGCAUUACAGCCACUUACAGAUACAUCUUAGCCUGCAACUGUGAGGAGUGCAGCUGAGCAGGGAGCAGCCCCCUCCCAAACCCUCAAGACUCUCUAGACCCAGGAUCCUCUUGGCCUUGGGCCUUACUCUAAAGCUAUCCAGCGCGUUUUGGUUGAUUAUUGGAUCAGAAAAUUGCCCCAGAGGACAGCGGCUCAAGAUGCUUGUUGUUAUCUUGGGAGUGAUAGUUUGGAGCAACUCUCACACAGGCCUUAAAAUUGACCUGCAGCCCUUGGGACCCAGACAGAACAUACUAUACCCUCUCCAUUUUGUGUAUUCAAUCAGUACAAAUCAUACGAAGCAUAUUUCUCCAGCACACAAGGCCAGACACCACAAACUGCUGCUCCCAUGGGCCGGAUGGAGACCCUCCUCGCUGCAGAGACGCACCGCACUCAUUACAGGCCUCCGUAAUUCAUAACACACAUGCUCACGAACCACAGUAUGAGAGCUCAUUACAAAUAUCUGUAACAGCUUUCUGCCUGCUCCAUAAAAAACCCCACCACGCAUUUGACAACAAAACAACACGCCUCAUUAAAAAGCAGCAUGGGAAAGGACGAGGCUCGAUGAGAACGAGCGGGUCCACAUGUGCCCAGACAUGUGGUGGAUCUAUAGAGCAGCACCUGCGCCAUGCUUAUCCACCCCUUAACAUUUUACACACUCCCGGCAGACUUUCAUCUAGCGGUGUAAAACAUGACCGAUGCUGACAGGAGAGCUCAUCAGGCGAACAAUAAAAGGGAAGUGGCGGUGUAAGAGGAGUUCUGAGGAUGAACGAAGACCACGGGUAAAGGUUGAGCCAGCGUCUGGGUGGUGGUGUGGACUGUCGAGAGACUGCCAAGGCUAUCAGUGUUCAUUUUAAAUGUAAUCUAUUCCAUUUGAAUCUUUGUGAUGUUCCUGUCAACAUUAUUGAAACUGUAGCUACUAUCAUGCCGGAUUUAUGAAACUUAUGAAACCGCUUCUGCCUGUUGCGUAUUGUUACUAAUGAUGUCCAAUGUUUUGACUUGGUGGAAACGCUCUUGUCCAAACAGUGCUAUGGUUGCUCUGCAUACGUCUGUAAAGCCUGCAUACUAUUUCCUCAUAGUCCACCAUGAUGAAUACAGAACUUCACACUCACAUAGGAUUGAUUCAGUGUGUGUGCCAGGCUCAAACGUCAUUAGCCAUCAGUACUUGUGGUCAAUUUAUCUCAAUUAAAAAAUGAACAGCUCAG